AACGACGAUAUGGCUUUUUUUCUUUCUUCCUUUUUCUUUUGAUUUCUCUGCACUUUUACCCACUCUGUUUUUUUGAUUGGGGAGGUGCAAUCCGCUUUGUAAUCACUUUUUUGAUAGUUUUACUCCAGCCUGCGUGUCUUUUUUUUUUGCGCGCUUUCUACGACAUCCCAUAUGAAAUGUUGUUUACAUUGGUUCUGGAGCACGAGGGGUGUACUCAUGCUGUUCCUUGUUCUCUUUUCUUUCUACACCCUUAGACUUUUCAUCGUCUUCUCAUCAACCUACGUUUUUUUUCUCUUUCUUUUCCUUCUUGCUAAAGCGGGGGUGUGUAUUUUUUUCGUUAUCACUACUUUGCUUUGCUUUCGGUGCGUUGGCGAGAAGAAAAAAAGUAGAGUAUUAUACCCUUCCCUUUCCCAAUCUUUUUUUUUGUUUUUGCAAGCAUAUUUUAGAUCGUUUUGGUGUUUAAGCUGGGAUUCUGGUUUUUUGCUGGAGUAUAUGUAGGGUGGUAGAUAGAUGUAUUGAUAUAUAUUUUUCUCUAUCUCUCUCUGUGUG